UAAGGAACUAGGAAGAGAAGAAGAAGAAGACAGGUUAUGUUUUUGUUUAUGUUGUGAUUUUCAAAAUAUCAACAUUUUCGUUGAGUCAAAAAAGAUCAAUCAAGUCAGUAAUGAAAUUCGAUCGAAUAUGCCGAACAUGUCUUCUGGAAAAAACCGAUUUGAGACCUUUAUUCGAAGCUUGCGUAGCAAACAUGUUGAUGUCUUGUGCAUCAGUUCAGGUCCUAGAAGGAGAUGGAUUACCGAUUCAAAUUUGCACGCAAUGUCUACAAAGCGUCAAUAGGGCCUACACUUUCAAGCAAUUAUGUGAAAAGUCAGAUAUGACUUUGAGGAACUAUCUGAGCAUCAAGCUCCAAUCCACAUUGAUACCUGCUGAUAAUAUUUUGCAGGAUGUCAAGGCUGAUCUAUUCAGUACCAGCGAGGUACUGCAACAAAGUUCUUUAUUCCAGGAUAUAUUUAAUGAUGCCACUACACAUUCCUUGGUUGAAACUUUCACCAAUCAAAAUGCUAGCACUGUUGUGUCUGAUUUGGCUGAAACUAUGCAAAGUCUACAGACUAUUGCUGAACAGUGUUUGCCAGAGUCUUGGGAAAGUGAUGGAAAUAUUAUGCCAUGCGGUUCAGAGGAGGCAAGUGAUAAUUUCAAUUUGGGGACUAUCUACAGAUGCCAGUUCUGUCAAAAUAUUUUCAAAGAUGAUUGGUCUCUAGCAGAGCAUAUCAAAAAUCACACAGAACAACCUAAAUUCUAUGAAAAUAUGUGUAAUAAAGUUUGCAGUUCGUCUGCUGAAUUGGAAAAACAUAUAAUUUCACAAAGUUUUGUGGAAAUAGGACCCAAGUUGAAAGGAACUAGUAAAGUGGAUCACAUAUGCAAUGUUUGUGAGAAACAUUUUGAUGAAGGCAAAUACUUGAAAAAGCAUCUGAGAGAUGUACAUUUUAUUGAUACUGGUCCUGUAGCAGAAACAGAAAAAAAGUAUGGAUGUAACAUAUGUGGAAAAAGGUAUAGGCAGAACAAACUCCUAGUGAUUCAUAUGAGGAAUCAUACUGGGGAAAGGCCUCUCAGGUGUGAGAUAUGCGGAAGAAGUUUCGCAUUGCCUUCAUCUUUGCAUAAACAUAGAAAUAUACAUAAUGCCGAAAAAAAGUUCGAAUGCACCAUAUGUAAUAAGAAAUUCAAUCAGUCAUCUAAUUUGAAUGAACACCUUCGUACUCAUACAGGGCAAAAGUCCCAUACGUGCAGUGUGUGUGGAAAUAGUUUUGCUACAAACACAAAUUUGGAAGUGCACAUGAGGAUCCAUACCGGCAUUAGACCGUUCAGUUGCGAUUUUUGUGAAAUGUCAUUCAAUACUUCCGGUCAGUUGAAGAAGCACCGGAUGAUCCAUACUGGAGAAAAACCGUAUCCGUGCUGGCAAUGCGGAAGAUCUUUUCGCAGAAAAGAAACGAGAGACACACACGUUCGUUAUCACACCGGCGAAAGGCCGUAUUCUUGUGACGUUUGUUCCAAAAAAUAUGUGGCCGCCAGUCAUUUGAGGGAUCACAUGAAAACGCACAACAACAACAGGAAGUAUGAGUGCAUCAUUUGCCUGAAAACGUUCUACGAUUCCAAGGUACUAAAAGUUCACAUAUUGUCGCAUACAGGGCAAAAACCCUAUUCCUGUCGCUUUUGCGGCAAACAAUUUUCUCAGAGCGGUGCCGUUUUCACGCACACGAAAAACUGUCACAGCCAACAAGAAAAUACAACGUGAAUUUCCGUCUUUUAAUUU